CUAGUAAAUAUUUGAAAGAUAUACAAAGGGAUAUUUGUCAGAUACGUUCUCUCUUAUAUUGAAAGAACUAACAGUUGCAGAUUCUGAUGUCGGCAAAUGUGAAAUAUCGCCGGAAAAUGAUUAUCUAAGUUUUUUAUAUUCAUUUUUCAGCAGGUUAAUUUUGUGCUGUUUUUUUUAUAUUUUUGAGAUAUGCAAGAUAUACAUCCGAUCGGAGGUGGAGGAGGGCGGUUUUUCGGCGGUGGUGGUGAUAGAAGGCUAAGGCCAAACAAUCACCAAAACCACCAAGCAUUGAAGUGUCCUCGUUGCGAUUCUCUCAACACUAAAUUCUGCUACUUUAACAACUAUAAUCUAUCUCAGCCACGUCACUUCUGCAAGAGUUGCCGGAGGUACUGGACUAAAGGCGGCGUACUCCGUAACGUUCCCGUUGGUGGUGGCUGCCGGAAAAGCAAGCGUUCAAAGCCCAAAUCCACUACUGCCGAAGCUGCCGUAGACGCACCGGAGGAUCAUAAGUCUGAUACUAAUUCUAGCAGUGAGAGUUCCAGCCUUACUGCUACUACAACGGCGACGGCGGCGGCGGCGACGAACAAUUCCGGUGCUGCAACUACAGAAGAUGUGUCGGCAACUUCUUCAAACUCUGCUUCAACUUAUCUCAACUUUCCGGAGUCCAAUUUCUUCAUACCUCACAGUACUAACCAAACCUUCGAUGAUCAGCCAUUAAUGGAGAACUCAGUAGAAGAUCAGUUUCAGGACAUUGGUAACUUCACAAGCAUGAUUACGUCAUCUAACGAUCCAUUUAACAUGGCUGAAAUUCCGGCGUACCGGUUGCCGGAGAACCAAAACUCAAAUGAGCAAUGGAAUCAAGAGUCGAAGAUGGUGGGAACAUUGCCGCCGUCCGAUGUGCUGAAGAUGGAACCGAUAAAUACGGGUUUUUUUAAUCAAACCGGUCGGGUUGAGUAUCCCGGGUUACAUCAGAGCAGGGUAAACAACAGUGAACUGACCUCACUGGAUUGGCAAACUGGUGGCGGAGACGGCGGUGGUGGAGAUCACGGACUGUAUGAUUUAACGGGUACUGUUGAUCAAUCUUACUGGAGUCAAGCACAGUGGGGUGAAAACGAUCACUCUCUUAAUUUUCUCCCUUGAUGUUAUCUCCUUUCUAACCAAAAACAUCAAACAAAAUAUCGAGAAAGAGAAAGGAACAAAAAAAGUGGAGAACGAGAGAAGUAAUGCUUAUUUCUGGUUAACUAUGUUGGUAUGUAUAUUCAUUUCUCAUAUUUUUAAGUUGGGUCCUUUGUUUUGAUUUGGCUGGAGUUAGGGUUUGAAAUUUGUAAUUUCUAUCAUGCAAAUGCAACUAAACUCUCCACGCUAAUUACUUUUUUUUUUUGUUUAACUUUUCCCCGUGAGGGUAUAUUUAGAUAUUAUUGUAAGUGUAUCUUAAAAUUGUGAAAGUUAAGUUAAUCAGAAUAUAGAGAACAAUUUAUCAUGUGUUAA